AUAAAUAUGUCAAAAUCAGGAGAAUACCAAGAUUUAGAAGAAGGUAUUACAAUGGAGGAUACCGAAAAGAAUGAAUAUUCAAAUAAUGAAUUAGAUACAUUCAGUCCAGUAACAGAAGCAAAUAAAAAACGUUGGAUUUUAAUUCGUGCAGUUUUAGGUGAAAUGUUAUGUACAUUUUUAUUUAUUUAUAUUGUUUGUGCAACAGCAGCAAACUUUAAACGUUUAGCCACAGCACCAAAUCCAGUAGUAGGUGCUUUAUCAACAGGUUUUGCAGCAGUAGCUCUUAUUUAUUCAUUUGCUGAUGUAUCUGGUGCUCACUUUAACCCAGCUGUUACAUUUGCAACAUGUGUCACAAGAAAAACAUCAAUUACCAAAGGUCUUAUGUAUAUAGGUGCUCAAUUAGUUGGUUCAGUUUUAGCUGCUUUAAUUCUUUUAGCCACUUUCCCAGGUGAUUUUGAAGGUAAAAAUGUUGCCUAUGCUGUUGCUGUAGUUCCAUCAAAUGAUUCAAGUAUUGCAAAUGCUUUCCUUACCGAACUCAUUCUUACUUUUAUUUUAGUUUAUGUCAUUUUCGCUGUUGCUUUUGAUACUGUAGAUGAUGGUGUUAAGGCUAAAGUCGUUCAAGGUGGUGGUAAAUCUUCAAGUAAUAAUUUAACCAUCUAUACCACAUCUGGUCAAACUAAAGCUGGUUUUGCCCCAAUUGCUAUUGGUUUCACUCUUGGUUUCCUUUGUUUCUUAGGUGGUUCAGUAUCUGGUGGUGCUUUCAAUCCAGCUAGAGUAUUUGGUACUGCUCUUGUUGGUAAUGUAUGGACUGCUCAUUGGAUGUAUUGGUUAGCUGAUUUUAUUGGUGCUGGUUUAGCUGGUUUUGCUCAACGUUUCUUUGCCACAAGCAAAACUAAAUAAAUUUAUGUAAAGAAAAAAAUACAAAAAUAGUAUACCAUUAAUAAUAUCAUCACUUAUUUUUUUAAACAAAAAAAAAAAAAACAUUUAAAAAAAAAACUAGAAAAUAAAAACCAAAAUAUUUUAAAAAUC